AUCUCCUAUACAAUACCCGCACGCCGUGCAACACCAUGAUGUUACUCAUACAGUCAUUUGCAACAUUAACAAUCUUAUUGGAAAGACGAGCCCACAGUAUCCUUGUGUAUUACUGAAAGAAGAGGAGUCAAAUUGGUCUUUAUUGACAACACAAGCGACGAACCGACCUCGAAUCUCGAAUCUCGGAGAUCGAUAUUAGUAUUUGAACUGCGCAUAUACUUUGAAGGGGGAGUAAAAGAGGUGGGAUAUAUAGAGACUUUUAAGCAUCGCUCUCGCAUUAGAAAAUUAGAAAAUUGUCCCCGGAACUUGGCUCGUCGCGUCACAACAAUUAUAGACUAUCGAGAACUUCCAACAUGCCAUCUUUUCUCAGUAGACUCGGCGGCACGUCUAAGAAAAUGAAUCCCUACACAAACCCCUACCACCCAGGUCACAAUCCCAUUCCAGAAUCCACAUCAACCAAUACAACCGCAAGCUCCGCCUCACACAAUCAAACAUCAAAUACUCUGCGAAUGCGUCCAGCCUCACCUCGCGGCUCCUCCGACCUCCUCGCAGAAGCACGUCAAGUAGCUGGCCGCGACCCUGUUACCGGCCGGCGGCGCGCCGACAUGGUUGGUCCAACCGCUAGUGAGAGGGCUUCACUGGCCGAAUUGAGGCAAGUGGACGAAGAGGAGAGAACGGCGUAUCAGGACAGAGCGGCUGCGAGCAAGCAGACGACAGGAAGUAAUUAUGAUCUUUUUGUGCAGGAGGCGAUCAAGAAGAGAGAAGUAGAAGCGAGUAUAAGGGCGGCAAGGGGCGGAAUAGAGUACUACGCGCCUGAGAGGAGGGUGGAGGAAUUUUAUGCGGGGGGUGUUAGGGACUGAUGGAAUGGUCCCUGGGCGAUACUACGAGUUUAGAUAUAUUAAUCAUUUGUGUGAUCUCGUUUCGAGAGAGGGAGCAAGAACGGGGGACGGCCGAAUAACUCUAUGUUGCUAGUUCAUUGGCGUUAAGAGAGACAAGAAGACUCGAUAAUUCUGCCAUCUUUUUUUAGCCAAAAUAUGCGAGCGGAACCCCGAGC